UUUGGUGGUAAAAUAAAUAAGUGAAGGGGGAAAGGUUGUGGAAAGGCAGGGAAACCUUCUGUAGUGUCUCCAUCGACACAGGUAGAGAGGAAGAAGGAAGGGGGGAUCUUGCUUCGUCUGCAUCAGACAAACCCUAGGUUUCUACACUUCAAGCAUAGCAGAUCCCCUUCAACAUAUACAUACAAUUACCCAAUAAUAUGGCUCAAGAACCCCCAUCUUCUUCCCAAACCCUAGAAUCUGUAAUCCACCAUGACGAUCUUCAGCAACCAGCUUCUACUGUUACUUCAAGUUCCAGUGAUACCAACAAUCCAACUCUCACACGUAACGUAUCCUCUAGUCGUCUCAACGCUAAGGCUCCGGAAUUUGUUCCUCGAACUACCACCGCCGCAUCUUCCCCGUCGUCAUCCUCUACUACGACUUCAACUACUGUCACUACUCGCGCCGAUCUAUCUCAGCCGAGGCUAGUUAUCUCCCCUCCUCCGACUUCUCCGGGAAUAAUUCAUGUAUAUCCUUCACCUAAUUCUCCUUUUCACCCCCCGAUCCCGACUCACGUUCCCGUUUCUGUCCCUGUGCAAAACCAUCACCCUCAUCAUCACCAUCAUCAUGUUCCGCUUCAGUAUCACCAUCACCAACAUCAUAAUCACACUCAUAAUCAUAAUCAUCCACGCCCCUUUAAUGGCGCCACGGGGUUCCUCGAUCAUAAGGAUGUAUCGGUUCAAGCUCAGCGAACAGUUCUUGGAGAUCCAGAUUCAAAAGAUGGUCUCACUGAUGAAGCUACUCAGAAGAUUCUCAAUCAGGUGGAAUAUUACUUCAGUGAUAUAAAUUUGGCAACUACUGAUCAUUUAAUGAGGUUCAUCAACAAAGAUCCUGAAGGAUAUGUGCCAAUAUCUGUUGUUGUAUCUUUCAAGAAAAUCAAAGCCCUUGUCAACAGCAACUCCCAGCUUGCUAACAUACUGAGAAACUCUACAAAACUGAUGGUUAGUGAAGAUGGGAAGAAAGUCAAACGUCAACAUCCAUUGACCGAGUCAGACAUGGAAGAACUUCAGUCUCGCAUAAUCGUUGCUGAAAAUUUACCUGAGGAUCAUUGUCAUCAGAACCUAAUGAAGGUUUUCUCAGUUGUUGGAAGUGUAAAAACAAUCCGUACUUGUCAACCUCAAGCUUCAAACGGUGGGCCAUCUUCAAAUUCAAGAACAGCAAAAGCAGAUGGUAUGCUCUUCAGUAACAAGUUGCAUGCUUUUGUGGAAUACGAGUCCAUUGAGCUUGCAGAAAAAGCAGUUAUGGAGCUAAACAAAGAGGGAAGCUGGAGAAAUGGUUUGAGAGUUCGUUUACUAAGACGCCCGGUUCAAGCGAAAGCUGCCCAAGCACGUGGAAAGAAAUCCGGGCAGGAAGACGAGGCUGCCCAAAAAGAAGAUGACACAUCCACAUCAGAUCAACAACACGUGGAAGACACCAACCAACAAUCUGAUGUCCAGUCACACGAGCAAAUAAUAGUUGAAGAUCAGGCAAAUGAGAAAGAGGGCGGGCAUAAAAAAGGGCGGAACCGUGGGCGGGGGAAAGGGCAGGGGCAGGGGCAGGGGCAGGGGCGUGGAAGGUCACAAUAUAAUAAUCAUCACAACAAUAGAAUGGCUCAUGUGGUGGCACCGGUGUUGGGAAAUUCCAUAAAUACCCCUGAGCAUGGUGGUGGCGGGGGGAAGCAACCUCCGGGGCCUCGUAUGCCAGAUGGCACGAGGGGAUUUGCUAUGGGGCGGGGGAAGCCUUUGGUUGUUUCGGUUUCUGACUAGUUUUUAUUUUUUUUUAUUUUUUUCUGAGUGUUGUGCUAUAUUCUAUAAAGUAAAAAACAGAAUUUGUUUUUUUUUUUUUUUUUUUUGGGUUUUGGAGAUACUGUUUUUUUUAGAUGUUAUUGUUGUUUCUACCCUUUGUUUGGUAAACGUUAGGAUAUGGAAGAAAGGUGAGAUGGGGGUGGGGGCAAAGAUGUAAUUUGAAGUGAAGAGAAGGAUUGAUGGAGGUUUUUAUAUAAAAAUGUUGAAUAACAUUUCGUCGA